GUCGUUGGUGACAACACUUGGAUUGCGCGUUGCACCGGGGGGCAGGCCCCAAAUCAUGCUGCUGGCCUACUUUUGGCUAACUGGUUCGUCACAUAUGUCUGGAUGAGCACUCGCUUUAAAAAAGGCAUUGACAACAAUGUGGCACCGCACGAAGGCUUGGAAACCCUUGGUGAGGCCGCAGUGAAGUCUGGAAAACUUAGCUGA